UUAAAUAUAAGCAUUUGAAUUAACAAUAAACACGUUACUGGACAUUGAUUACUACCAGGCCAUUCUGUGAGACUUUUGUUAAAAAAAUUAUGUUGUCCCUGUUGCUGAUGUGGUGGUUAAUCUUCCUAGUUCCUGGGAACACACUGAAAGUUUCUGAAUUCUAUGCUUUUGGUGAAAAACAAGGUGAUACAACUAUGGAUGCAAAUGAUGAUGGAAGCUCUCCGUUUAUUUCAAUUUCAACCAAAUUUCCGUUUUUCAAUAACCUACAUGACCAAUUAAUCGUGAGUACAAAUGGUGCUAUUUCAUUCCUGACCCCGGUGUCACAAUAUACCCCGGAUCCUUUUCCGCUGGAUGGAGAUCGCAGACUUAUCACCCCCUUUUGGGGGGACGUGGAUACAACAAAGGGUGGACAUGUUCGAUACAGAGAAACUACAGACCCCGAUAUACUAGACAAAGCUUCCAAUGAAAUUAAGACAUACUUCCCAAACUUUUACAAUUUUCCUGCUGCUUGGGUUUUCAUAGCUACGUGGGAUAAAGUUGCCUUUUUUGGAUGUUCAGAUAAUGGAUGUUUAAAGAGAAAUACAUUUCAAGCUGUACUGAUCUCAAAUGGGAAACAUGCCUUCGCCAUAUUUAAUUAUGAAAACAUUGAAUGGACAACUGGAACAGCAAGCGGUGGAGAUGCCGAUACUGGACUCGGGGGGACACCUGCUCAGGCAGGUUUUAAUGCCGGCGACGGGAAAAUAUACUUUGCAGUGAAUGGGUCUCAGACAAGCGACAUUAUAAACAUAAACCAGAAAACCAAUGUAGGAAUUCCCGGAAAGUUUGCUUUUAGAAUAGACACGUCGUUAGUGGAAACAGGGGGAUGCAACACCGAUGGCAGAAUCAUAAUUUCACCAAAAGGUGGCCCUAUGUUCGGAGGGCAGCAUAUCACAUUUAGCGGACCUUGCAUUGACCAGUACGACGUAUUCAAGGUCAAAUUUAAGGGAGUAAGAGGGACAUUAACAUGUGAGAAGAAGUCCAGAUAUAGCUUUUUCUGCAUCACACCUAAGUUCAACACUGCUGGGGAUGUCCAGGUACAUGUAUCACUAACCGGGAAAUCUUCAAUCAGUUUUGAAGGACAUUACACUGUUCUGAACCCAGUCUUCUGCAAAGUUUUUGUAAUUCGGGAUAAUCCGGAUAAUUGGAAAAAUGGAACACAGUCAAUAUCGUGGAAAAAUAAUGUACCAGAACUAGAAAAUAGCAGUACGGUGGACCUGGAAGUACACACACUGAAGGAAAACAGUGGGAAAUUGAACUUUGAACGCUUAAACAUAGUAAGAAAUAUUUCCAAUUCUAUUGGUUCGACAAACUUUAAUUUCAACGUCACGCAACAAGUUGCCUUACUUCAAGUUAAGUCACGUGUGAAAAGGAGUAAAAUGCCAGUUCCUGGAAUUUGGUCUGAUGUUUUCUUGGUAUCCCAAUCUAGAGAAGAAGCCAGGCAGAUUUGUGAAAAAUGGCUCGAAUCAGAAAGUUCCUCUCCAGUACUAAAUGCUAGUGAGCCCUGUCCUUGUACUCUCCAACAGGCGCUGUUAGACAUUGUAAAAUAUCAGCCUGAUCCUGACUGCAACAUGUUCCACAUGGGUUCUCGGGGGAAAGGCAACUGUCGUUAUAGGCGUGACGCACAACAUUGUGUAAGACUUCCAACACCAAGCAUAAGUGACAACGUUUGCUGUUAUAAUGCGGAGGGUAAUUUAAUAGACUCAAGGCUCCAAGAAGGAGGCACGCGGCAGCGAUAUCACUAUUCUGAGGGUGUUCCAUAUGUUAAUAACUUUUACCAUGAUGUCAUGCCGUUUAUGCAGUGUUGCCGAUUUUCACAGACGUCCACGAAAGAAGCCUCUGAAAACGGAGAUACGUACAGUCUCUGCCAAAAAUAUCUUAAAUUAAGGAAUUACAGCUCUUGUCAAAAUUAUGAACCUCCAAGGCUAGCACGGACAAGCGGUGACCCACACAUGACUACUCUAGACGGGUUCAGUUAUACAUUUAAUGGCGCUGGAGAAUUCGUGUAUAUAUACACAGAGGAUGAAUUAUUCAGAAGUCAAAUCCGAUUCGAACAGUUCCGAAAAGACGAUGGAACGAUUGUUCCUGCAACUGUAGCAACAGCCGUUGUGAUGGAGUAUGCAAAUAGCUCCGGUCGAUUAGAGUUUCGCCUUAACUCAAUCAGAACGGUUGAUGUUCUCAGAAAUUCUGAACUUCUUGGGUUUGGGGAUUCCAGGUGGAUGGAUUUGGAAGGUGUAACCAUCCUAUUGCUUCCGGCAGAUGGCAAUAGUUCAGAGGUGUCACUGAUGGUAAUGUUCAAAAAUAUAAAAAUAGCUUUUAAUAUCAAAGCCUCGAAGAAAAUAAUGAAUGUUAUCCCGAUUGUUCAUGGGGACGAAGUCAAAGGAAAAUUAAAAGGACUUCUUGGAAAUUACGAUGAAAACCCAUCAAAUGAUUUGCUUUCAUCGGAUGACCAAUACUUAUCACCAAAUGCAAGCGAUGUGGAAAUAUAUAAUCGGUUUGGAAUGUCGUGGGCCAUCAAUGAGACAGAAUCUAUGUUCACGUAUGAACCUGGUAAGAGUUUUGCUGAUUAUCAUCAGCCAUUAUUUCGGCCUGUGUUUGAAUCCUCCGUAUCGGUUACAGAGGAGGUUAGGGCGGUUUGUGGAGAGGACAAGGACUGCAUCUUUGAUUAUUCUGUCACGGGAUCACGUGACGUAGCGGAGCAAUCCCGGACGUUCCAGACACAGUUUCAAGAAUCUCAACAGGCAGCUGUGAUAGUAAUAACUUGCGAUGAUUUACCAACUGUUGCUGGAGGUGUAUGGAAAUCAACCAAUGGGAAUUUAGAAAACUCGUCUGCAAUCUUUGUUUGCAGAGAUGGGUAUAAUGUGUCUGGUAGGACACAAAAUAUUGUAUGCAAGAAUGGACAGUGGGAACCCUUUGGAGAUGUAUCAUGUUUACGACAUGACUACACAGUUACAGAUCUACAAACCAAUAGCACAUCAACACCUUUCACCUUGAUUCCGACAAAUAUUACAGAUCUACGAACCAACAGCAGCACAUCAACACCUUUCACCUUGAUUCCGACAAACACUGAAAACACAUCAUCAAAUGUUCCUGUUUACAUUGGAGUUGGAGGAGCACUUCUCUGUAUCUUUAUCUUUUUUGUAAUCCUAUUCCUGUUUAUGAUGAAGAAACGUAGGUUUGGUGAUUUGAAUAUCUUUUCUAGCAUCAGGACGUCGAAUGAUACUCAACAUUCCCAAAAGGGAGGUUUAAGUACAGAAUUAUCUACCAUCCCAGAGGACAAACCCAUAUAUCCUGCCCGUUGAUAUCUUUUUGUUUUUUAUCAAUCUGCAUCUGAUAUAACUUUAAAUAUAAACAUGACAAAUAUACAGUGUGGUGGAUGACUGUGAUAUUUUUUUACAUAUACAUCUAACUUGUACUUUUUAUUUAAAUUUUAGGGCAAACCAUGUAAACUUUGAGAUUUUAUUCAAUGGAAAUAACAUUUUUAGUAGGUCACCACAGUCAAUUACUAUCUGACUUCCGUCGUCGUACGACAUGCAUUUUCUGUCUUGCGUCGGUUGCAUACGUUUGAACAUUUCUUCUAUAUAUAUAUAUAUAUAUAUAUAUAUAUAUAUAUAUAUAUAUAUAUAUAUAUAUAUAUAUAUAUAUAUAUAUAUAUAUAUAUAUAUAUAUUCUAUUAUUCCAAGCUCUCUGAUUGGCUCAAACUUGAUCAUAUGAUCAAGUAUAUAACAUCAUAUAGACGUGUUACUAUUUAUAGAUUCUGAAAUGCACAUCGGCUUGAUGUUUCUAAAAAUGGAAAUAAUCUUUUAUAAACAACAAUAGCGAUGACUUCACAGUAGCUAAUAUGACUUGAUGUUUCUGAAAAAUAAAUUAACUGAAACUCCUA